AUGACUAAACACAAAUGGCAGGGGGUUGGCUCCAUAUCACAGCAUUGUUGUUGUUGUUGUCGUCGUCUUCGUCAUCCGGACAGUCGGUGGGCCCUGGCAGCCUGAUGUUCAUCAGGAACCUCCUGGACAAGAUGUCGACCAAUCAGCAGAACAUCCUCAAGUUCAUUGCCUGUAAUGAGAUCUUCUUGAUGCCUGCCACUGUCUUCAUGCUCUUCAGUGGCCAGGGAAGCUUGCUGCUGCCUUUCAUCUACUAUCGCUUCCUCAGCCUGCGCUAUACAUCCAGAAGAAACCCGUAUUGCCGCACUCUGUUCACCGAGCUGCGAAUCCUCCUUGAGCACUUCAUCAUGAAGCCUGCAUGCCCCGCCUUCUUCCGUAGAAUGUGCCUCAGCAGCAUCGCCUUUGUCAGUCGCUUGGCCCCCACCGGAGUCUGAAGUCCUUACCAUCCCACCUACCUCCGACUCCCUUUUUUGUGUUCGGCCGCCGCCGAGUACGUGACUUCCGUUUUGGAUGAGGACACACUGGCAGCAACAUUGGAGGACAUUUUGGUUUUAUCGUUGCAAUGACAACUUGACAGCGUGCUCCAGUUCCAGACUCAGCAAGUAAUGCACUGAAGAUUUUUUUUGUGGGGUCCUCGUCCUCUUCCUAAUGUCUCAAGAUGACCUCACCAAACUGGUGAACCCCCCCCCCACACACACACACUCUUUUGUUAUGCCAGAGCACAUCAGAUAUCUUAAUGUCAUCCCGCGACCUUAUUUAUUCACUGAUGUUCCGAGAUGAGUAACAAAAUGAUCUUAUGUAAACUACAAGUUGAAUCAUUGUCAGAAGGGGAAGGAGGCAAAGAUGAUGAUUUGUGUGUAAUGAAUAUUUAGUUUCUUUUUGUCUAUAUGCUCUUUAGAGGCCUAAUUUCACUCCUUUUUGGAUGUACAAAUGUCACAUCUGCUGUGUUUUAUAGAAUAAGCAUAAACAAUGGGACAUAAUGCUGUUGGAUUUCCUUUUCAAAUGAACUCCAUGAUGCAUGUCAUCAGUUAAGUGGAGGCUGCACCGCUUUUCAGUGCAUUGAUUCAAUUCCUUUUUAUUUUUAAUGCAUUUACUAUCAUUGUACUAAUACUUUUCGCUUACACCUGCCCUGAUUUCUUUCUCCCAUGUUGACUGUGUCCAUUUGCCUACAGACGAACCACGUUUUUAUCAUGAGAUGAGCACUUAACGAUUAUGAAAUAAAAUGUUGGAAGUAA